AUGGUCCUUCUCGGACUCGGUCUCCUGAUCGCCUCAGUUUCCUUCCUAUAUUACAAACAUGCGCCUGCGGGAUGGUGGACCUUUCUCGAGCGAUUCAAUUUGCGCGCGGGGAAUAGUAUUCAGGAGGGAGAUCGCAAUCGAGACGGAGAUGCAAAAGGGAAAGGGAGAGAAGGGGAAAGAGAAGAUUUGACAUGGAGAAUCAGAGGAGUAGAAGAACAGGAAAAGGAAAAGGGAGACAGAGGGGAGAAAUCUUCGAUAUCGCCAUUAUCAUCAUCAUCAUCAUCAAACCACAAAAUAAAUGCUCCCGCAGAAAAACUUACAACUACAACCACAACCAAUGCGCCAACCUUCCAAAUGACCGAACCUUCUCAAACCCCAUCAAUACAACCACCCUCUCCUCCCCCAAACAAAGCAGCUCUCGACCGCGCCGCCAUGCCCCCACCACCUCCUCUUUUCAAAAAACCCACGUCCACCCCGAAACCCAAACCCAAAACCCCCUCAUCACCAACUACUCCCCGCGCGCAUGCUUCUCAACCUUCUCAAACCCCUCAGAUCCCCAUCUUUUCGCUCGACGCUACGAAUUCUCCAUCCACAUCCUUAGAUCUAGAAUCCGAAUCCGAACCAGAAAUCCCCUCUUUCCCCGCUGCAAACUCCGCACAACGCGCUUCAAAUACCGGGUCUCGAGUCCCUCCACGAUUAAAUCCUCUCCCCGCCUUUAAAUCCACACCCACACCCACAACAUCAACUCUCAGCAACCCCACCCCCAACCGCGGCCCCCUCCCCAACCGCUCACCCCUCCCAAAUCGCACUCCUUCCUCCUCCCUCGCCGCCCCCUCCCUCGCCCCCCCACCAACCCACACCUCCAUCCCCUCCAAACCGCGCAAAAAGGUUCUCCUCACCCCCAACCACUCUCCCCUCGACUGGGCGCGUCUCACCUCCUCCCCCACCUCCAACCUACGUAAUCUCCCUCCUUCCACUCCUCUCCUGCGCGUGCCUCCUUCCCUGCUCAAACAAUUCACCGGAAGGAAAGGGAAAGAUGCGUGGACCGUGCUUGGCGGGAAGGUGUAUAAUAUCACGCCCUAUCUACCGUAUCAUCCGGGGGGCGAACCAGAGUUAUUAAAGUGUGCGGGUAGAGAUGGGACCAGACUGUUUGGGGAGGUGCAUCCGUGGGUUAAUUGGGAGGGCAUGUUGGAGGCGUGUUUGGUGGGGAUUAGUGUUGGAGAGGAGGAGUUUGAGGGGGUGGGCGGGUUGGAGGAUAUGGAUUAG